AAAAUAAAAUAAAAUAAAAGAUUCAGUUUUUACUCAUUUAACAAAUAGCACCUUCUCAUCAUUCUCUUCCAUGCAUAUAUAAGGAGGCAUAUGGGGCGUGAAAUGUGUAUAUUAUCAUCAAGAAACAAUAGAUGGAGGCUAGCUUUCAAGAAUCAAGAAGAUUAAGAGAAAGAGAAGAAGCAAUGAUGAAGAAUAAUAGCUCCUUUCUUUCUCAAUACCACAACUCCAAGCCUUUUGAAGCAAAAGAAGAAGCUCCCAGUUUCAAUAAGGAAGAUAGAGCUGUGGUGAGGCCUCUGGUUACAGAGAAUAAUAAACCAGCACAAAAGCUAGAGAGCAAGCCAUCCAUGGACAUAAAUGAAAGUGCAGAAGCAUUCAUCAAGAAUUUCAGGAAGCAACUUUUGAUCCAGAGGCUCGAAUCCAUCGAGAAUUACGAGAAAAUGCUAGAAAGAGGUCUUUAACUUAACCCAUGCCUUAUUAUAUAUAUAUAUAGGUUGGAUUUGUUUCAUUGGCUGUGAACUUGUUAUCUCUCUUUGAUGACCAUAUAUAUAUGUGUAUGUUUGAGAGAUGAAACAUGUAUAAGAAUCGUGACAACAAUAAAAUAUACCUUAUCAUCAAUUGGGUAUUAGAA